GCCUAGCCACGAACAUGGCCUCGCCCGCUAGUUCGCUCCCUCGGUCUCUCCGUAGCGCCGCGCCUCGGUCCCAUCGAAACCGAUUUCGGCCCGUUUCUCAAAUCCUCCUCUGUCGUUUUAGAUCUCGGAGUGGUUCGAAGGAGCCAGGCGUCGACGGCAACGAGGGGAGGGCGUUCUCUCUACCUCCAGUCCAGAUCGGAGGAGCGAACCCCCGCCUGGAAGCCGCGCGGUUUCGUUCGAGAGGGGAAGUCUCCCCCAUGUGGGAAUGAAGUAGUUUCCUUGAUGUGUAUAUGUAUAUAGUGAUGGUUUAUAUUUGGUCUGUUUUGUUCUUUGGAUUUACGAGAAAAUUUGGUUUUGAGUGAAUCCGUUGCUUUAAAUACUGGUUAAUUCGGCCUUGUUUGUGUCAUUCGGAGCUUCUUGGUGGCACUUGGUUUCUGUUUGGCGAACGGAUUCGAGCCUAUUCUUACUCCUUGUUAAGUAUUCUUAUUGUUUUAUCUCUGUCAUAUUUUAUAUUGUAUUUUUUAGAGUUUGGAUUUUUUUCCUUUGGAGCAAAUCUGAGGAAAAAGUUCUUGAAAAACGUAAGCUCGUGUUUUGUAAUGUGUAAUAUUUUAGUUACGUGUUAACUUGAUCCAUUAUUUGCGAAGAAAAUGAGAAUUUCUGGAAUCUGCUGAAGUUCCAGGUUUUUUGGUCUAUUACUAAAGUGAUGCUUAGUUUGGCAUUUAAAUAAUUUUGACAUUCUACAUUAUUUCGCUUGCGGUACGCUUACGAUUUCUAUGGCGAAUCACAAAUGAUUUUUUUUCUUUCCAAAUUUUCUCAACCUGAAACAAUUUUAUUAUGGUGAUGAGUUGUAUCGUGAUUUUGUAUUUUCCUCGACAUUAGGAAUUGAUGUUUCAGAUAAGGUGAUACGUUCAACUUAACGUGAAUAUUCCAAUAUGUAAUUUUAGUUGAUCCAUGGAUUUAUCAUGUUACUUUUCUUUAUAUUAUGUUCUUUAUGAUGUGAUCUAGGUUUUCAUAUAAUAUGUUCGCGUACAUUUUUUUUCUUUAUAAUUAAAUUUUUCUUUUGUUCAUAAUAUAUGCUGUUUUCUUUUUCUCCUGAUGUUCUUCCAACUGCAUCAUUUUUGUUGAGUUGUCAGGGAAACAAAUUAUAUUGUGCUUGCUAUUCCUUACAGCAGGUUUUUGUGCAUAUUCACAAUUUUGUAGUCAGAACCUUAUCUGAUAGAAAAUGGCGACAGUGGCAGCUGGGGGCCUGCCAUUGGCAGCCACAGGGCCCUGCAUCUCUUCUUCUGGCAGAGUGUUCAUGCCAAGUGCCGCAAUUUUAGGGGUGGAUGUAAAAGGAACGAGCCAAGUUAAAUUUGCAAGCUCUUCUCAUAUCUCCUCUGUUAAAUCUCUUAGCCAAAGCUUCAUGUUUGCUCCUUUGAAGUUCGCUAGUGUUGUUACGAGGGCUAUGUCUGGUGAAACUGAGAAAGGGAUUGCUUCAGGAUUGCCCAUUGAUCUGAGAGGUAAAAGGGCAUUCAUUGCUGGUAUAGCUGAUGAUAAUGGCUAUGGUUGGGCAAUUGCUAAGGCUUUUGCUGCUGCUGGUGCUGAAAUUCUUGUUGGUACAUGGGUGCCUGCACUUAACAUUUUUGAGACUAGCUUAAGACGUGGCGAAUUUGAUGAGUCAUGCCGGUUGCCCAAUGGUUCUCUUAUGGAGAUAAUCAAAGUAUACCCAUUGGAUGCAGUUUAUGAAACUCCUGAGGAUGUUCCUGAUGAUGUUAGAACUAAUAAGCGUUAUUCUGGUGCCUCGAAUUGGACUAUGAAGCUCCCUUCUUUGUUGGAAGUGGCUGAAUCUGUCAAGAAUGAUUUUGGAAGCAUAGACAUUCUUGUGCAUUCACUUGCAAAUGGACCAGAGGUUGCCAAACCUCUCUUGGAGACAUCUAGAAAGGGAUAUCUUGCUGCUAUAUCUGCAUCAAGUUACUCUUUUAUAUCACUACUUAAGCACUUCGUUCCAAUAAUGAAUCCAGGUGGUGCUUCAAUCUCCUUAACAUACAUUGCUUCUGAAAGGACCAUUCCUGGGGAUGGUGGAGGCAUGAGUUCAGCAAAAGCAGCCCUAGAGAGUGAUACCAGAGUAUCUUUUGAAGCAGGGAGGAAGGGCAAGAUCAGAGUGAAUACAAUAUCCGCAGGCCCCUUGGGAAGUCGUGCUGCCAAGGCAAUUGGAUUCAUCGAGAAGAUGAUAGAUUAUUCUUAUGCCAAUGCACCAUUGCAGAAAGAAUUGUUGGCAGAAGAAGUCGGCAAUACAGCAGCAUUCCUUGUGUCUCCUUUAGCUUCAGCAAUAACUGGCUCCGUGGUUUAUGUCGACAAUGGGUUAAACACCAUGGGACUAGCCACCGACGGCCCAACGCUAGCAGUAUAGAUUGCAGAGGCAUAUUUAUUACGUUCUCAAAUGCCCGGCUUCAAUUUUAGUUUCCUGUUCAGAGGCUUUGUAUGCUUUGAAUAAAGAGUUAGGGAUUGACUUGUGUCUUACUCUGAGAUGACAAGCACCUACUUUCUUCAUAUGAACAGGAUUCCAAAAGCCCAAGUUUUGUCAGUAGCUUCAUAUGAGAUGGUAAAAUUAGGAAGGAGGUUAUGGCAGGUAUUCGCUUGCUUUGGCUGUGAUUUCAGGUUUGAGUACUUCCAAAAUCAGGCUGUACUUAACAGGAUUCAUCUUUCUGAUGUCCUUAGAAUUUUCAAGCUCCUUUCGUUCAAUAUGUUGAGCUUGUCCAUGUAGCAAUAGUAAUAGAUAUUUACUUUACGUUUAAAGU